AUGGCUACCGAUGUUGAUUUACCAAAGCGACAAAUCACACCUGUCCCUCCCCCCGUCCUCCCGCUGUCCGUUCCCCAGAAAAGACCUCUCGAUGACGACCACGCGCCAUCCGUUUCUUCGCCUCUCAACCCCAAUCCCGAACCCAAACCGAGCCGGCCCCAAUCGCACGACGACCUGGCCGCCAUGACGCGGGAGAAGCCGGCGCGCGGUAAGAAAGACGCGCUGAAGAAGCGAGAAUCCAAAGCCGGACCUGGGGCCGACAGCUCGCGCGCCACGCCAGAAUCCAAGGUUCGAGACGUCGUUCCGGCCGAAUCCUCGCCGCUGCGCUAUAAGCUAGCGCCACCGAAGCCCUCCGACUUCGAGCCUGCCCGCGGCCCUGUUUUUACCCUUCAUCACGAGGUGUUAUCUCCGGAUGGUGAUGCCAUCAAGUUCCACCAGACUUCAGAGCACGUGUACAAUAAGAAGAAUUUCCACUAUACCCAUUGCAUCGCCGAUCCCGAUUUCCCCUCGUCCUUCUACUACCGCCAAACAGAACCUGCGCCCUACGGUGCCCAUAUUAGCUUCGAGGAUGCCGCCGCCAGCAUGUAUAUGGACCAAGAAGGGCGACACGUCACGACCGACAAAGGUUUCCGAUCUGCGCGAGCCAACAUUGCCUUACGCCAGGGCCGCUGGUACUGGGAAUGCCGCAUCACGCGGGGGACCACCAGCGUCGACGGCGACGGCAACGUCACGUCCAACGGCCACGUGCGAAUGGGGUUCGCGCGACGCGAGGCCCCGUUGGAUGCCCCUGUCGGAUACAACGCCUACAGCUAUGGCAUCCGCGACGUCCAAGGCCAAAAAAUGCACCUCUCGCGACCGGCCGACUUCUUCCCGGCCGGCGAACACAUCAAGGAAGGCGACGUGAUUGGUCUCGAGAUCCAGCUACCCUCAGAACAACUUCACAGAAAGAUUGUGCAGGGCCAAUACAACCCGGCUGUCGACUUGACGGACGAAGAAGAGUCGGCCGCCGAGGCCGCCAAUAUUGUCCGUGAUAGGAUCCCGAUUCGAUUUAAGAAUCACAUUUACUUCGAAAAGAUCGAUUACCACACGACCAAAGAACUUGACGACUUGAUGAAUCCGUCUCCCGCAGGCCCGGCGGGUGCCAUUGGCAGCCGGUCGAGCGAGCAGCCACAUCCAAACCACCCGAGUCCAUGCUUACGUACGCUCCCGAACUCACACAUCAAAAUCUACAAGAACGGCACGCUUAUGGGGACCGCAUUCAAGGGCCUCUUAGCCUUCCUGCCACCAGCCUCGAAGCCGCAAGCGCAGGUGGGUGCGCGAGAAGGCAUGGAUGAUGGCAUGUUGGGAUACUACCCGAUGGUUAGCGUAUACCGAGGGGGUGCCGCCGAGGUCAACUUCGGGCCCAAAUUCUGGUUCCCUCAUCCAGACCUUGGCGCCAGCGUUCCCACUGACGCCGACAGCGACGGCGAUGUGGAAAUGAUCGACGCGGGCACCGUACGCGUCGCGAUGCCGCCCCGGGUCGAGCCGGCGGGCGAGAAAGCGCCAAAGAUGUGCGCCGCGGCGGACCGCUACGACGAGCAGAUCGUGGAGGACAUCCUAGCCGACGUUAUCGACGAGGUGGACUUCUGGAUGCAAGACGGAGCACGCGUUGUCGACCGCACCGGCGGCCGAGAUGAGAAGGCCGAGACCGUGGGCAUUGCUCCGGGCCGCGAGGAGAUCAAGGAGCUUGUGCAAGACGAUUAA